CACACAUACACAUGUGCAUUAACACAUACACACACACACACGCAGAUAUGCACACACACACACACGCUCACUCACACACACACACAAUGGAGUCGCAAGUACUCUAAGUUUAUGUAUUGUAAACAAAAUAUUCCAGACAAAUGUUGAAAAGAGGAAUAACAGAAUGGAGGUUGGUAGUUAAUUAUUACUGAACUGAUAUUGAGGAAUGAGAAUGUAACAAGUAGACAUGUACACACACACACACACACACACCACACACACACACACACACAAACUUAUUGAAGUGAUGCUGAACAUUGAAAUGACUCGCCAACACUUAGAUUUCUCCUCUUCCUUUCGUUUGUUUAGAAUCUCUUGUAAACAUUGAUGGUUAAGGAAUCUUUCAAGAAUUUUUAAAAACUUUGAAUUUUGUUAUUAUGAAAAUAAUAGCAACAUUUCAAUUUAAUUUCCUUAUUUGAAGGCUGACAGAAGCUGAAACAGUAGCGGAGGAGAUAUUGAAUACUUAAAAAAAAAAAAUUUUUUUAAAGUAAAAUUAAAUAAAAUCAUCAAAUGAAAUAAAAUAAAAAAAAUAAUAAAUGAUGAGUAAGUAGGAGGGGGGGGGGGAAGACAGAAAGAGAAAAAAAUAUAUCAAUUUACUCCUUUAUUACUUUCACUGUACUUUAUAAUAGCAUUUGCAAUCAGCUUUUUGCUGGUUAUAUCAACCACUGAACAUACCAAUAGUGAAUACUACUGCUGCUACUACUGCUGCUGCUAUUGCUGCUAUUGCUACCGUCGCCACCGUCGCCACCACCACCACCACCACCACCUCGUGCAGUUCACUACACAAACUGAUAUUUUGCUUUUGCUAUUGAUUCAUAUAUAAAAUGGUGGAAGCAAGUGACUAGUCAUUGCUGAAAUCAGCAGCUGCAGCGAAGAUGAAGGGAAGAUGAGGCUGCAGAUGACAAAAAAAGAAAAAAAGGAAAUAAAAUAACAAAAAAAAAAGAAAAGAAAAUAAAGAAGAAAAAAAAUAAAUGUAGAAGAAGCAAACAAACAAACAAACAAACAAGCAAAAAGAAAAGGUGGGGGGAGCAAACAGCAACACUUGACAUGCAUCCUGACUUCGAAUCUCCCUGUGAAGUCUGCCUCCUCUCCCUCUUCCUCUUCUUUCCCUGGAAAGAAAUCCUGCAAGCCGCAUGCUUGUUCAUACUUUCUCCGAUCAGCCUGUUGUCUGUGAUGGUUUCUUACCCAUAACAAAACUCUAAUAAUCACAAUAAUAAUAAUAAUAAUAAUAACGAUAACGAUAACAAUAAUAAUAAUAAUAAUAGUAAUUGGAACUAAGAGUUUGUCCUUUAACGUCUAUUAGAUUUACACGUGUGACGAGUGAGGAGAAAGAAUUAAAGCUACGGCGGCAGCAUCGACAACAACAAUAACAGUAGCUACGCCCUCAAAAACAACACUUUUUGCUGGUUGAGUGUGCAACAAAUGUGAAUUAGCAGUCAUUGUAUAAAACAGCAACAAAUGUGAAUUGUUGCCGAUUAAAAGUGAGAGAGAGAGAUUAAAAAAAGAGAGGCUGCUGAAGGAAACAAAUACAUACAAACACACAUAUAUAUAAUAUAUAUAUAUUUACACUUGUUAUAUAUUUAUAUGAUAUAAACACGCACGUAAAAGUCUGUCAUACUUUUGCAAUUAAAGUGCAGCAUGUAAGUUGCUGCAUCUUUAUCUGCAUCAAUUGGAAAAUUUAUUGAAAAUACGAUAAAGUUUAAUUAAAAAUUUCGAGGUCCAUCAUGUAGUCACUUGUAAAUGAACUUUGACCCAGCAGAGAUGGAAGGGUCAUCUGUAUCAAACAAGUCACAAAAUAAUCAAGAAAACCGUAUGAUUAUUCUGCCCAAGCAGUUGGAGGAUAUACCAAUUGCAUCAGAAUUUCCAUCAGUGAGGCAUCGGUGGAACACCAAUGAGGAAAUUGCUUCCAUUUUGAUUGCUUUUGAUAAACACAAAGAAUGGCAACUAAGAGAGCUACGAGUCAGACCUCCCAGUGGGUCAAUGUUGCUUUACAGCCGCAACAAGGUCCGCUAUCGCAAAGAUGGCUACUGCUGGAAGAAACGAAAAGAUGGCAAAACAAUUCGAGAGGAUCAUAUGAAAUUGAAAGUACAGGGACUUGAGUGUAUUUAUGGAUCAUACGUACAUUCAGCUAUUCUGCCUACAUUUCAUCGUAGAUGUUAUUGGUUACUACAGGAAAAGUUGCACGGACUUAAUCCUGAUAUUGUGCUGGUGCACUAUCUUAAUGUGCCCUAUCCAGAUAGUGCGAAGCUCAGCAUUCCAGUUCUCUCUUAUGGCUUUGAGAAGAAGGAAUGGACCAAAGAUGAGCUGGCUGAUCAGCUGAGACCGAUGUUUUCGACUGGCCGGCCUGGGGAAGGCAUACAAGACUCAGAACAUGUGAUCCAAGACACAGUUGAAGCUAUCGUUCAACACUUAAUCGAAUACCAAGAGAAACGUGUUAAAUCUCGCAACCACAAAUGUGACAUCUCCUGUGAUAAAAACUGCCUGCAUUCCAAAUGCUGUAAGAUUUCGCCCAAAGGAGUUGAACCGACAACAGGAAGUGUCAACAGUAACAGCAGCAACGACCAUGGCAGGUUGGUCUCAUUGCUGCAGAGAAAUCGGGCCAACCGAGCGGCGGCGGCGGCAGCAGCAGCAGCAGCAGCGGCAGCAGCAGGAGUAGCGACAACAGCACCAGUGAGUGAAAGUAUGCUCAUUACUACAACACCGUCCACUAGUGUCACGGACUCUUCGACAUCUACUUCUACGGAUGUUGUGCCUCCCUCUACUCCGGUCAUUUUUAACUUUGCAAACAUCCAAGGCAGCAACAGCUUACUCAUUGUAAGUGGCCAAACCACAAACCCCCUCUCUAUCAUUUCGAACUCCAUGACAAACCAACAACAAUCCAUGUCCAGCACUGGACAGCCAGUCGGUUCGGCCAUACAGCCCACCUUAGCGACGUCGGCACACACUUUGGGAACAGAAAUUAAAGUCGAGCCAGGAAGCACCAGUUCAACCAGUUCCGCGAUCACGCACUCCACUUCUAAUAGGGCGAUGUUACCUGUUCCCAUGGCAACAGAAAUCUCAGAAACGGGUCAUACUUCGAAAGAUGUUCCAAAAGAAAUCAACAUUAAGACUGAACCCAUGAACAUAUUCUCUCCUGCUUUCCAUCUCUCUCAUGACGAUGUCCAAAAAACCCUUCAGGCAACAGUUUCUUCGGCAUCAGAUUUCGCUUCCACUUCUAUGGACUCCAAAGAUGUCUCCACUGACCUGACUAACUGUGAUAACCUAACUCUCAAUACUGCUUCUCUUCAGAACAAUGAUCUCAGUUUGGAUAGCCUCGACAUUCUGGAUCUGCCCGAUCUGGAGAAACUUUAUUCCAAUAUGAACCCGUCUUCAUCUGAUCAUUCUACAUUUGAUAGCAUUAGCCGUGACUUCAUCACUUGCGCCAGCUGCUUAGACUCUCAGCGAACAACGCAGCAACAAAAUCCAGCACAACAGGAAGAGCAACAACAGCAACAACAGUCUCAGCCACAGCAGCAGCAGCAGCAGCCACAAACUCAUCCUCAUCCACACCAUCAUACACAACAGGCUGGGCAGUCACAGACACAUCACAAUUCAGGGGGACAGCAAGGGCCACCAUCGUCACAAUCCCAGCAUACCAUUCUACCAGAUUCAAGCAUCUCGCAAUCUACAGAAUCGCACUCAAAUUCUGAACAAGCACCAAUUACAGAUUUUUGCCCAGAGUGGUCCUAUACAGAGGGCAGUACCAAGGUUCUUGUGACAGGGCCUUGGUUUUCUACAAGUUGUUCCUAUAGCUGUGUAUUUGGUGGAAUCAGUGUACCAGCCCUUCUUGUUCAACCAGGAGUUUUACGUUGCUUUGCGCCAGCACAUGAACCCCCAGGUCUUGUGACCCUACAUGUCCAAAGUGAACACUACAUCAUAUCAACCACAGUACUUUUUGAAUAUAAAGCUAGAGAAAAGCAGCAGUCCUCCCAGAGCCAGCAGGACUGGUUCUCUGUUGACGAAGACCAACUCCGACUGAUGGUCUUAGAACGUUUGGAACAAUUGGAGAAACGACUGAAUACAUGUACCCAAAAUGAAAUCCCCAGUGAACAACCACAGAAUUCUCAACAAAGCAAUGACUUUGAAUGGCGCCUGGUACAGCAUAUAAUGACAUUGUCCCGACUGCCCUGGGCCAAUAACGAUGUCUUCCCCAAGGCCGGCCCUGGGGGUAUGACUUUGUUGCAUCUAGCUGGAGCACUUGGCUAUGCUGAAGUUAUUAGAAGCCUUAUCCAUUGGAGAUCAGAGAAUCCCAGCCUUGUGCUAGAAUACGAAGUAGAUGCCCACAAUGUCGAUGAUUAUUCUUGUACGCCACUGAUGUGGGCUUGUGCAAAAGGUUACACAGAAGCUGCUCAGACACUUUAUCAUUGGAACAGAGGCCCGUUGAAGGUCUGCAACAAGGAUGGGAUACUACCCUUGACAGCAGCCCGGCAUCAUGGCCACCACAACCUGGCCAACUGCAUUGAGUUGUUAGAGCAGACCCACAACAACCAGAAGGCACUCACUCCUCGUACUACAAUUAGUGUGCCUGACACGGUGGAACCUUCUGGUGGCAGUGGUGAAGUUUCAAGUACCAUUAGUGAUACAUUCCUUGCCCCUGACAACGUAAAUACGGUGUCAAGUUCAGGGGUGAUUGCUUGUGAACAAUCAAACACAUUUCCUUCAGCAAUUUCCACAACCUCCGAUGAUUCCGGCAACGACAGCCUUUUCGCCGGGACAUCUUCCCCUCCUUUGCCCCCUCCACCGCCGCCACCCCCUCCCCCGCCAUACCCGGGCAACAGCAAGCUGGUGCGAAGGAUGAGUGAACAGUGCUUGGGCAGCAGCAGCAGCAGCAGCAGCAGCAGCAGCAGCAGCAACAACAGUAGUGGCAGCAGCGGUGGUGGUGGUGGUGGUAGUAGUGGUAGCAGAAGUAACAGUACGUCUCCCCAGCAGAAAUCCAGCAAGCGUUACUCUGUUGACUUUGUGUCCCCCAAGCGAACCUCAGUCGAGCGGAAUAACCUCCUCUCCGACACUUACCAUAAACCGGUGCGGGAAUCUAUAUCUGAACCACACCUGUCCAGUUUCUUCAAAACAGCACAACAACAACAACCCCUACUCUCUGCUUCCUCACAAGGAAUGGAUUCUUCCAACCAAAUUCCGGACAUGCUCAUGCACACAGAUACCUCCCUGGGGACAGAACAUCUGUCUUCAACUGACUCAAUAAUGAUCAGAGGCCCUAGAAGACAGAGCUCUGACAACCAUCUGCUGUUCUCCAUGGAUACAGAUGAGCUAUCAUCCCAUCAAGGGGAAAGUCCCCUUCUCGAUGGGGAUCGCAUACCUUCCGAUGACGAACUGAAAGUGCAUGAGAAGCGAACAAUUGUGGGCGAAGAUGGCAGCGAAGAAGCAAAGAAACAUAUGGUCACUUUAGCACGUCAAAUCAUUGAUGCUAUGCCUGAACGUAUAAAAUCUUCCCCGAGCCGGGACGAUUCUACUGCUGAAACAGAGCAAAUAUGUCGCGAGCGCAGCAGCUCUCAUAGCUCCCUAGCCUCACAGAACUCUCCAAUCGCAUCAUCUUACGGGGAAGAUUCUGGAAUAUCUACCCCACUUGGUGAUGGUCUUUCAUUUGAAGAUUAUCGUUAUAAUGAUCUGGGUACUCCUGCCUCAUCAGUCAGUCCAGACUCCACCUGUCUACCCAGUCCUUAUAGUCCAUAUUUCCAGAUAGAUUCUCCACCACCUACAACUGCUGAUUUUACAGAGUACUUCAAUGCUCCAGCAACGUACAUGGAGAAGGACUUCUCUCAGCUAACAUUAUCAGAUCAGGAGCAACGAAAGCUGUACGAAGCGGCCAAAGUGAUCCAAAAUGCAUAUCGACAAUAUAGAGAUAAGCAGCAGUUACUGCAGCAGAGGCAAAAAGAAAUAGAAGCAGCCAUCCUCAUCCAAAGUUACUACCGCCGAUAUAAGCAGUAUGCAUACUUCAAGAAAAUGACACAAGCGGCCGUACUAAUCCAAAGUCAGUUCCGCAGUUACUAUGCACAGAAGCGGUACAAGAAGUCGCGGAGUGAGACGGAUGCAUCCAUUCAAAAUCAGUAUCGCAGCUACAAAGAACCCGAGCGUCUCAAGAAAAGCCGUAACACAUCUGUCAUCAUUCAACAAAGAUUUAGGAGCCAUUAUCAACGGAAGCAGCCUGAGGAGUUGGAUGGCAGCCAACUAUCUCAAUUAGUCAAUGAAGCAAAUGAAAGUUCACCAUCCGACCUAAACAACGGAGAAGUCCAAACUGCCGACGGUGAUGUAGUCGAUGUUGAUGUGAGUCCCUUGACGUCAGACAUCGAGGGUCAGACAGAGGAACCGAAGGCCCAUGUGUUAGCAACGUCUGAAGAGAGAGAUCAAACUACAGCCUGUACCAGCACCAGCACCACCAACACCAACACCACCUCCACGACAACUUGAAGGACUUGAGGUGACCUGUAAAGUCUGCAGUGUGUACAUAACUUAAACGAGAAGAAGAAGAAGAAGAAGAGGCGGAGGAAGAAGAAGAAGAAGAGGCAGAGGAGGGGGGAGGAAGAGCGAAGAGCAAGAAAGAGAGAUGAAGAAGAAACAGAGAGAAGAGUGAAAGGAUGAGGAAGACAACAAUAAAUAGGCAGAAAAAAAAGACGGAAUUGAUGAGAAACGCAGCCAAUUUCAGACAAGAAUCAGAUGAUACACUCACAUAUAUAUAUAUAUGGGUGUGUAUAUGUGUGUGUGUAUAUAUGUGUGUGUGUGUGUAUGUGUUUUGUGUGCAUGCAUGCACACAUACACAAAUACACACACAUAUGUAUACACAUUUAUUCAUAUGAAUACAUACACACUUGUACAUAGCUACAGAAAACAUAGCAACUGGUGAAGUUUGUUUUGGCCAUUGACUUACACACACACAUUAUAUAUACAUAUAUAUAUAUAUAUAUAUAUUAUAUAUAUAUAUACACACACAUACUCUCUCUCUCUUUCUCUCUCCCCUUUUCCUUCUCUGCCUCGCUUUCUCUCCUGCUUGUUCUGCAUUUUGUCGUUCUUAUUAGCUGUUUCGGCGGCAGAAACUGUAGCUAUAUUGGCAACAAAUGAAACUACUUCAAAGAAAACAAAGCAAGACAAAAAACAAGAACUAAUAAUAAUAAUAAUAAUAAUAAUAAUAAUAAUAAUGAUGAUGAUAUGGCUACAACAAAAAAAAAAGGGAGAAAAAGCAUCUUUGUAAUGAGAAAUGUAAGAUAAACACAACAUCCUGUCUCAUAAUUCACCGUUUUUACAUUUUAUAUGAGAGGCCCAGGGCAUUAUAUAAUAAUAUUAAUAAUAAUGAAAAUAUAUGUGUAUCAGUUGUGCUGGAUUAAGAUGUAAAACCAAGGGUCUCUGCAAUGGGGAGACUUAUGAUAAAAAAGGAAUUCAACUAGUGGAAAAGGGCAAGGUGGAAUGGGGGUGGGGGGUGAGGUAAUUUCUUACCUCUCCCCCACCCUUGAUUAACCCACCCCCCUCGCUCUCUGUCUCUUCAUUUUCUGUUGUUGUUUUUUUUUUAUUACUGAAGAAAAGAAAGAAAAAUGGAAAAAAGGACAUUUUCCCUGAAAAACUCACUUUCUGUUGUUUUUUUUUUGUUUUUUUUACCCAAGUUUCCAAGAAGAAGAAGACUCAGUCUCAUGUUUCUAAGGCGUAACUAUGGUGCUAUGCAAACAUAGCAACAAAGAACUUCUUUUUUUUUUUUUUUUUUUUUCUCUUUUGGUUUUUUAAGCAACAACCAUAUUUCGGUGUGGGGUACAGGGGUGGGGCAGGUGGGCAAUUUUUUUGUUGUUGUUGUUAUUAUUAUUAUUGUUGUUGCUUGUUUGUUUUUUUUUUAUUGAUAUUAUUAAAUCAUCACCACCAUCAUCAUCAACAUCAUCAUCACCCUGAUCGUUAUUAUUAUAUUUAUUCUAAUUGUAUUUAUCGCCAGGGUUUUCUUUGCCUUUCAUCCUUACAGGGUUGAUAAAAUAAGCGCCAUUACAAUAACUGGGGUCACUAGCCCCACACUUUACAAAAAAGAGCCUUGUGCCUAGUCAAAAGGAAUUAUUAUCAUUAUUAUUAUUAUUAUUAUUAUUAUUAUUAUUAUUAUUAUUAUUAUCAUUUAGCAUCAGAACACAUCUACAUUGAAAUCUCUUUCAAAAUGAAUUUCAUUUGAAUAAAGAGGAAAAAAGAAAAAUGCAUGAAUGCAAAAAAAAAAAAGGAAAAAAGAAAAAGAGACGAAGAGCAUAUUUUUUAAUUUUUUGCAUUUUUUAUUGUCAUUUUUUUUUUAAUUUGUUUAUUUAUUUUUUCAUGUUACUAAUUAAAUGAUCAAUUUGAUAAACUAAACUUUCUAAAAAAAAUUCACAAAAUUUGUUACAUACAAGAGACAGUUUGCAUUUAAUCACAGAACACAACAAACGGGGACUGGCAAGCGUUGUUGCCAGGUUUCCUCUCCCUAUUAUUACAUAUCAUUCUUGUUGGCAUUUUUUUCCUCCCCCUUUUUGUACCUUGAUGACAAGAAGACAAAGAAACCCACAAAUGUAAAUCCUUAAAAAGGAUGUUUGAUAUGAAUUAUGAUGUUAAUUACCAACUGACGUCGUUAAUCAUCAGACAGAGAGAAAAAAAACCUAAUUGCAAAAGAAAGAUGUUCUUAACAGAUUUACAUUUCAUUGGCAAAUCGAUUUCAGAUUGAUUGGGUAUUGAACCAGGGAAAUUGUGAUGUUGUGUCAUUCAUACUUUCCCUUCCUAGCAAGGAUUAAAUGGGACAUGAGUGUAACAUUCCUGAGUGUGGAUUAAAGCUAGAUUCUAGAUUCGGAUUAUCAGAAUCUAAGAUUUAGUUUUAGUUGUAAUACAGAUGAGGAUUAAAUUGAAUGACUUUCAAAGUGAUUAAUUAAAAUGUUUAAUUAUAAAAGCUAAUUGACCCUGUGUUUCCUGGCAGUAAUUGGAGCACGGCAUUUCAGAAACAAUGCUAGAAGUCAAAGAUGGUGGUCGAUACAGAAAUUAUUGAGGGAGACUAUUCUAGAAGGAAAUCUAAAGAGGAGACUUAGUGUAGUUAUUGAGGAAAUAAUAUUUGGAAAUUGUUAAAUGAAGUGACUGAGACAAUAUUGGUUUGUUGUAGAAUGAUAGCAUUGGGGUGACUUGAUGAAAUGCUCCUGCCUGGGCAGUACUCUGGUGUCAAGUAAUUCCUAUGACUUCACCUCCUUCUAUAUAAUUUACUUAUUUUCUUCUAUUUAAUCUUGUAUUGAUGAAAUUUAUCAGAAAAAUAUUCAAGCUUGCACCCUAGCUUCUAUUCGUUGCUUAACUUGCCAGAAAUAGCAGCCAAAUCUUCCUCAAAUUACGCCCUUUUACAAAAUGCUGGAUACAUUGGAUAAUGUAGUCCUAGAUACACUCUACCUUUAAACAGAAGAGUGACAGUAUGUGGUUAUAGAUCUACUUGGUUAAAGUUGACUUAUGACUAAUCAACAACCUGGGUGAUUGGUUAUAGACUGAAAUUUAUCAGAGUCAGGUAUCUGGUUGGAGGAUAUCUUCUUCCCACCACCACAUUCCAGUCUUGGAAACCCCAAUAAAGGGGUCAUACUUAACUGCUUUUCCUCUUCUCUAAAACAUAAAUAUGGAAUCAGAUUAAGUUUCUCGUUACUGAGAACAUUCAACAUGGAAAAGUUCUAAUUAGACUUUGCAUUUCCUAAACUCAGUCCAUAUUGUUUAAUUACUCGAAAUAUGCUAGUUAAUUAUACUAAAUAUUGUACAAUUAAUGACCAUAUUUCCAGUAAUUAAGCAAUAUCUUUGAACAACAGUUUCUAAAUUAGAAUUUUUCAAACAGAAACAGUAAAAUAUCUUUUUGCCAUGAAAUGGAUUCUGUUUUGAAAUUAUCUGCUCUCAACGUGUAACCUGAUACCUUUCUAGGAUCAGAAAUAGCCUUGCUUAUUAUUGUUGUCAUCACCAUCAUCAUCAUCAUCAUUAUUAUUAUUAUUAUUAUUAUUAUUAUUAUUAUUAUUUAAGACGGCAGGCUGACAGAAUCGUUACUGCGGCAGGCAAAAUUCUAAGCAUUUCAACUGUCUUUACAUUUUGAGUUCAAAUUCCACCAAGGUCAACUUUGCCUUUCAUCUUUUAAGGGUUGAGAAAAUAAGUACCAGUCAAACACUGGGGGGUCAGUAUGAUUGACUUAGUCCCCCACCCACCCGAAAUUGCUGGCCUUGUGCCAAAAUUUGAAGCCAUUAUUAUUAUUGUUAUUGCUGUUAUUAUUAUUACCAUUAUUAUUAUUAUUAUAUUAAUUCGCUCCCAGAAGAUUGAAAGGCAAAGAUAGUCUGAGCAGUUCAAAGCCCACCAAGAGCAACAAUGCUUUUGAAGCCUUCCAGGGUCGAAAAAAAACAUAAAUAGAACCAGUUACAUGCUGGGGGUUGAUAAAAUCAGCUGUUCUCUUUCUGGCAUGUUAGAAAUUAUCGCCAUAAUCACCAUCCUCAUUCUCAUUAAUAUUAUCAUUAUUAUCAUCAUUAUUAUUAUUAUUAUGUUUCUGUUUAAAAUAGCCUUUCUGGAAAUUAUUGGAGCAUGGCUAAAAUGCUAGUCGCACCAUAAUUUUAAUAUAAGUUUCUACUGCGUGAGUGUCUGAGCGUAUUUAUUUCUGCCUGUGUUUCAAUUUGGAUGAAUGUUUAAAAGCAGGAAGGAUAACUUUUUCUUUUCCCUUUUUUUUCUGUUUGUAUUUAUUUUUUUUCUUUCCAUAAUUGUACAGGUUAAAAUGGCGUCUAGAUCUGACACGUGCAAAAAUACAGAAAAAUAUGGA